CGCUUAGUUUGACCGUAUAUUAUCAUCUAAAGAUGCCUCCCAAACUCGUUGAUAAACGGAAGCAGGUGACCAUAUUGAAAUUCAAAAGAGGCAAGAGCACGUAUGUGGUUCCUAUAGAGUUUUCCACCAAAUCAUUCCAAACCCUCCAAAAUCGCCUUCUCGAUAUCAUCAACAACUCAGGUGGGUUGACACUCUCGGAAGAUGAACCCAUGAUGGAAGAUGAAGACGACAUCAAAGUUCCCAAGUCUGAGUUUAUAGACGAAGAAGAGGAAACAGGGGAAACCGAUAUUAAAGACGCGAUCAUGAAAGACUCACCACCACCACAAACCAGAAUAGUCAAAGCGGGUGAAUUGGCUAUUGGGCUUCCCAGGGACAAAACUUCACCGUAUUCAAAUGACUGGGUGACAGUGGAUGAUACGAUUUUGUCAACAAUAGAAUUCAACGAUUAUGAUAUCCUUGCAUUUGCCGUAGACGGUGAACCUUUCAACGUAGUGGAAGCUGCUUAUGAAGAAUAGUCAGUAUAUUUACGUCUAUGCUAGUAUAAUUAUAAGAUCUUUUUUUCGUGU